AUGGCAUGUUUGGGACUUCGUAUCCUCACAGAAACUCACGAGCCAUCCUCUAGCUUAGCAAAUACACCAACCACUAUGGCCAUACACUUCGACUCCAAAUGCAUCCUUGCAAUCCUUUUCCUCUUGGGGGCGUGUGCUUACGAAGCCACUUCCCGCACCCUUGAAGAGGCAUCUUUGGUCCGACUUCAUGAGAAGUGGAUGGCUCGUCAUGCACGUUCUUAUAAAAAUGAUGUUGAAAAGAAUGAACGGUUCAACAUAUUCAAACAAAAUUUGAAAUUCAUCAAUUCAUUCAAUGAAGCAGGCAACCGAUCUUAUAAAUUAGGCCUUAAUAAAUUUUCCGAUAUGAGUCCAGAAGAGUUCAAAGCCACAAUGCUUAACGACCAACACACUUUCUCUGGCCCUAAGAGGUUUCCAAACGGAAAUUCAAUUGGGAAAGAGAGUCUCAUAGAUGCUCCGAACAGUGUGAACUGGAUAGAGAGGGGAGCUGUUACUGCAAUCAAAAGCCAAGGCAGAUGUGGUGCAUGUUGGGCAUUCUCGGCCGUUGCGGCGAUAGAAGGAAUAACUCAGAUCAAAACCGGCAGCUUAGUUUCCUUAUCGGAGCAGCAACUUGUGGACUGCGAUACGGACAACACGGGUUGCAGUGGCGGCUGGCCUCUCAAGGCCUUUCGAUACGCGGAGGGUGUGGGCGGACUCGUGGCGGAAUCCGACUACCCAUACCACGCAAACCAAAGCAUGUGCAACAUUCAAGGCGCCUCUGCGGCGGCAACCAUAACCGGCUCUCAAGAAGUUUCGUUCGGUGAAUCUGCACUCCUUCAAGCCGUGAUCAACCAGCCGGUCUCCGUCAACAUACAUCUCAACGGGACGGACCUCCAACAUUACACCACCGGCGUCCUCGCCGACGAUUGCGGGACCGGGAACGGACACUCUAUGACAGUUGUUGGGUACGACACCACCGCCGAGGGGGAAAAGUAUUGGUUGAUAAAGAACUCGUGGGGCACCGGUUGGGGCGAGAAUGGGUAUAUCAAAAUGGCGAGAGACACCAUUGACGGAGGACUCUGUGGACUUGCCACAAACGCUUCUUACCCUAUCAUAUACUAAUAUAAUUAAAUUAUAUUUAAACCUUUCUUUGAAGAAAGUUAAAUUAAUUAAAUCAACUA